AUGACGGACCUCGAUGCGGAUUUGUAUGGCGAUCUUUACGCAAACGACGAAUCCGAGUUCGCUGUGCCAACAGAGCAACCCGACGAGCGACCGGAGCCCGAAGAAUCUGUUCAUGAGCCUCAACCCGUAAAGCAGGAACCUGCAUCUCAAUCUUUCAAACAGGAAUCAUUGCAAGAGACCAAUCCUGAGACGUUAGAUGCAAUACCGGCAUCAAUCCCUUCAUACACCUCACCACCCACGCAGCAAAUUCCAACAUAUCAGGAACGACAGACGCCUGAAUACCGAGAACCACCUCCGCGCCAGGACUAUAGUGGUGACGGACCAGUUGAUCGUCCAGUGCGUCCGUCAGAGAUGAAGGAGGAAGGUGCGCUCGCUGUGCUGGGUGGGACCUAG